AUGAGAGUUGCUGCACUCCGUGCAACCCCUCUUUACCGCAUUCCCUCUCUUUGCACUCCUCAACCCCCCUUCCUCCCCUGCGCAGUCUACUGGCUGGAUGGUGGCAGCAUGGCGAAGAGCAGAGUGGAGGGCAACGUGGGGGACAUGGGGGGGGGCGGCAUGGCAGUCAACACCAUCAACCCCAUCACUGUGGACGAUUGUGACUUUGUUGCUAACGAGGCCACCACUGGGGAGGGCGGAGGCGUGCUUAUAACGGAGGGUGAAGCCACAGACGUGACAAUCAGCAACACCCGGUUCUCGCAGAACAAGGCCAUGGCAGCACGAGGAGGGGGUGUGUUCCACAGUGGGACCGCCCUCUCCCUCCUCUCCACCUCCUUCAAAAGCAACUCUGCUGCUAAGGGCGGCGCACUCGCAAUCGUUGGCUCUGUCCUCUCCUCCUCCUCUUCCUCUCCCUCCGAUCCCGCCGCUCCUGCCACUCCCUCUGUGUCCACCGUCGCUACGGUCACCUCCUCCUCGUUCUCCCUCAACCACGCUGACCUGGCGGGCGGCGCGGUUUACGCCGCCAUGACCGGCGACGCGCGAAUCACCGACUGCCAGCUGUCGCAGAACGACGCGACGACAGGUGGCGGGGUGGCACUGGAGGAGUACAGUGUGCUGGACAUGCAGAGGACGGUGUGUGACGGCAACAAGGCGAUAUCCGGGGGAGGGUGUUUGGCGCUGAUUGACUCUACGUCCGGCGUGAUUGUAAAGGGGGAGGUGAAGGGGAACGAGGGCGGGAGCGAGGGAGGGGGGGUUCGUGCGAGUGGGUCGGCAAAGUUGAGUGUAUCGGGGGUGAUUGUAGAGGGGAACAGUGCGCAAGGGGGUGGGGGGUUUGUCUGGGCAGAAAUGGACUCUCAGGUGAACGCAUCGGGCACCACGUUUCGAAACAAUUCUGCCCGGUUUUACGGCGGAGUGAUCUACGCCGUCCAUUCGGCCAGCGUCGCUCUCACAGGAUCUGAUCUGAUCGCGAACAGCGCGGAUUUGGGCGGCGCGGCGCUGAUCGAGGGGCGGGCGGUUUUGUCCUCUUUCAACUCGACGUUCUCUGAGAAUGCCGUCCAUGCAGUGAUGGUGAGAGGCCAGGCAGUGGCAACCAUUAUUGGUGGUAGUUUCAACAACAACACUGCUGCCAGCAUCCCGUCCUCUUCCUCCUCUUCCUCCUCUUCCUCCUCUGCUUCUGCUGCUGUUUCAACCAUUCCGACCACCACUGCCACCGCCACCGCCGCUGCCACUGCUACCGGAUUUUCUGACUCCGCCUAUCCUUUCUCGCCUUCUAUCCGCAUGGCUGCUGCCUUUGCAGCUGCAGUCACCUCCUCUAUCGAAUCGGCUAGCUUAACCACCAAGGGCCUUACUGCCAGAAUCCUUGCUGCUGCUUCUCCUUCUGCUCCUGCUGCUGCCGGUGUAGCUGGGAAUGUUACCACCGGCCAAGGCGGUAACAGCACGGCAGCUGGAGCAACAGCAGCAACAGGAGCAGCAGCAACUGGAGUGGCGAGCCCUAUGGGCGACGGUGGCGCGCUCCACGUCACCGACUCCGCCGUCCUCGUUAUCAACAGCUCCACUCUCGCCGGCAACACCGGGAGCAGCGGCGGCGCCAUCUUCUCCGAUUCGCUCGCGACCGUCUCGAUCAACGGCUGCGAUUUCGCCUCAAACGCUGCCAGCAAGGGAGCAGGAGCCCUCGCCACAGGGAAUUCGUCUCUCUCCGUCUUCCUCUCCAACUUCACUUCAAACGCAGCGUCGUUUGGCGGAGGCGGGUUGUUUUACGAGGGCAACUCGCAGGGAAGCAUAUUGAACUGCUCGUUUGUGGGGAACGAUGCCAAGAAGGGCGGCGCGGCUGUGUAUGUGGAUCGUGAGCUUCUCCGAAAGAACCCUCUCGGGGAGAUGACUGACAGCAGCAGUGGCAGUGGCAGCGACAGCAGCAGCAGCAGUGGCAGUGGCAGCGGGUCAUCGGUGCCCUCUCUCCCGCCGGCUGUGGCACUGAGCAACAAGCUGACGUGCACGAAUGUGGUGUUUGAAGGCAACGCAGCCGUGCCCAGCCAGGGCGUGGCAUUCUUCGACACGUCCUUCUGGCCGGGGGUCAGGAUCACAUGUGCUGACGCUGAUAGUAGCAAGAGGGACACCAUCGGCACCCCUCCCACGUCCUUCUCUCUCAUGUGGGAGAAGAAUGUGAUGGAAGGGGGAAACGGCAGUGAUGCCUCUGUCCCGUUCACAGUGAUGGGCGACACGCAGACGCCCAUCGUCAACAUCACCGUCACCAUUCUAGAUGCCUACGGCAACGUCGCCACCGACGACUUCUCCUCCAUCAUCGCCAUCCAGCCCGACCCAAGAAUCUCCGGCCUCCUCCGUGCCACCGCGCUCCGCGGCCGGGCGGUCCUGCCGCCCGUUUCCCUCGUCCUGCCGCCCGAAGAGGCCGCGAAUUUCACCCUCCUGAUCACCGUCAGCAGCCCGACCGACGCUUACCCGCCAAUCACCCGCGAGCUCGAAUUCGGGUUGUGCGAUCCUGGGAGCUAUUUCUCCCUGGAUGAUCUGGCUUGCCUGCCUUGCGAGGUCGGGUUUAUGUGCCCUGCGGGGCAGGGAUCAGUGAUGUGCGAGGACGGGACGUUCAGCUUUCUUCCGGCUGCGAGCGAGUGCGUGACUUGUGCUGAUACAGUCACGAUUCACGGGGAUAACGCAAUGGAUUGCACCAAUGGGACGUGUACGAUUGCUGCGGAUUUCUGGUUGAACCCGGGGAGCGUUUACACUGACAACCCCGCGGUGUACUACUGCGACGUGUCAAACGGCUGUGCAGGCUACGAGUACACAUCCCCCAACGACUCGCAGUGCGCGGAGGGGUACAAUCAGAACCGCCUCUGCUCCAUGUGCGCCCCCGGCUACUACUCAGUCAUUGGCACGUGCUACCAGUGCACCUCCUGGAUGGAAACCCUCUUCUGGUUCUUCUUCGUGCUCGUGAUCCUGCUGUGGGUGGCGACGGCCGCCUUUUCUGACCGCUUCCACUCGGUGUCUAUGAUGAACAGUGAGCUGCAGAUCCUGGCAGUGCUGGGCUCUGUGGAUCUGCAGUUCCCCGACUGGGCGAGAAAAGUCGUGGAGCUCUCAACACUCAGUCUCUUCUCUGUGGACAUUCUGGGACCGGACUGCAAGGUCUCCUUCCCCUUCACCUCUCGCUGGGCGCUCACCAUGAUAGUCGCUGCUGUGGGUCUCGCCGCCUAUGCCCUCCUCUUCGCCGUGCAAGGCACCCUCCGCCGCUUCUUCCCCUCACCCGCGCACUCCUCCCACUCGCAAGGCCAAAUGGGGAAAGGGGAUAAGGGAGGGGAGAAGGGAGGGGAGAAGGGAGGGGAGAAGGGUGGGGAGAAGGGAGGGGGGGUUGGAGAAGACAAGCCGUCGGCGAACCCGCCGGCCCCUCUGGAGGAUAUUUAUAUUCACGGCGCGGCCAACUGGCUGGACGUGUGCUAUCUGCCCGUCACCGUGCGCUGCUUCCAGGUUAGCCUUGCGCUAACAGGCCUUUUCCAAGAGCACGUACGACGAGACAGUGAUGACAUUCUCCCCCACGGACCUGUGGAGCAGCAGUGCGCGCAUCACGCUGUUUGCGAUCGCCAUCGCCGUCACCAUCGUCUUUGUGGCGGGUGCGCCCAUCUACUAUGCGCUCACCAUGCUCCACACUCAACCGCGCUCUCACCCCUCUCCUCCUUCCCCUCCCUCCCUCCCUCCCACCCUCCCUCCCUCCCUCCCUCCCUCCCUCCCUCCCUCCCUCCCUCACUCCCUCCCUCCCUCCCUCCCUCCCUCCCUCCCUCCCUCCCUCCCUCCCUCCUUCCCUCCCUCCCUCUCUCCCUCUCUCCCCCACUCCCUCCCCUCCAGGCCUUUUCCAAGAGCACGUACGAUGUGACUGUCAUGACAUUCUCCCCCACGGACCUGUGGAGCAGCAGUGCGCGCAUCACGCUGUUUGCGAUCGCCAUCGCCGUCACCAUCGUCUUUGUGGCGGGCGCGCCCAUCUACUACGCGCUCACCAUGCUCUACGGCAAGAAGCAGAAGCUGCUCGACACGCAGGCGUUCCGCGCGCGCUGGGGGUGGAUGGUCACGCGAUAUGAAUAUCGUUAUUUCUACUGGCAUCUUAUGUUGUUCGCGAGGAGGAUUCUGGUCGCGGCGCUGUUUGUGUUCCUCAUUGACUCGCCUCCGGUUCAGAUGACAGUUCUCUUCCCCGUGCAAGUCAUUCUCAUCGGCCUCCAGCUCGCCGCCUCCCCGUUCGUCGCCUCGACCCACGACGCGUUCGCAGCGACCCUAAUCGUCGCCGAGAUGAUCUUCAUCAUCGCCACCAUGGGGUUCAACUUCGUGCAGCUCGAAACGCUCCCUAAGAUCGGUUUCGCGCUGGUCAUCGUCGCCUUCUGCGUCCCCACCCUCCUCGUCUUCUCCUACGAAUCAGCCAACCAUCUCCUAGUCUGGAAAGUCCACGGCGCAGCGAAAAGCCUCUGGGCUUUAGACGACGAGGGGGAAGGCGGGGACGGAGGAGACGGAGCGACAGGGAAACCCGGAGCAGGGGCAGCUAGUAACAAACCGCCGAAGCAUGUGAGGGAGGGGGCAGUGGAGGUGUCACCUAGUGACGUGCUCGACUGGUUCCGCCCGCACAUUGCAGCUAUCAUCCUGCUCCCGGGCCGGGAGGAGGAGCGGAGGCUGCUUAUGAAGGUCCGGCGGGCGUACGAGGCCUGCUGCUACCCCCUCAACUCCGCCGCUUCCGCCACUGCAGCCGACACCACCGCUGCUGCUGGUGCUGCUGCUGCUAGUGCUGCCGCCUCCUCCUCCUCCUCCACGGCCCUGGUUCCCGCACCGGAAUUCGGAGACACCUCCUGGAUCAAGGACCUGAACAAGUCGCAGCGCUUUGCCGCUCUGCAUCAGAUUGUGCUGGGUGCGGCCGUAGGGAGGCGCCCUGUUGCCCGCGUGCCCUUUGAUGCCCGCGACGUGCCGGCUAUCUGGACCACGUCCGGAGGGGUUGUUAUCGCUGGUAUGGGUGCCGUUCCCACCACUAGCAGCGGAGGGGUGGGAGCGCAGGAGAGCGAGGGGAGGGAUAUUGCUUCUGGGGGAGCGCUGAGUUCUCGGUAUGGGUAUGGCAGUACUAGCUUUUAUGGUGGAGCGGGCGGCGGGCCGGGCGGCGCAAGCACCCGCGUGCAUGACAUUCUCGCGUCCUCGCGAUUCAUCAGCAAGGCGAUGCGGGAAAACGCCAAGACAGACCGCCCGGCGCUGGUCCGCUCGAAGAAUAUCUCAAUCAAGAAUCUUCGUCCGCCCAAGCCGCCCCAGCCGCUGCCUCAGGACCUGUGGCCGCCGCCCCUGGAGGAGUGCGCCACGUGGGCGCACGUGAUUGGCCGACAGCAGGCGGCUCAGAUGGAGAGAGAUGCUGCAGUGGCGGAGGGGAGGGAGGAGGAGGAAGAGGAGGAAGACGAGGGAGCAAAGGAAGAAAUGGCCGGUGCCCCAGCUGGGUAUGCGAACGGCGGGUCAGAGAAAUCGAACGGCGCUGCUGCUGCUGGUGCGAGUGGAGGGGACGCGAACGGAGAGGGCGUGGAGGAUGAGGAGGACAAGGAGGAGGAAGAAGAGGAGGAGGAAGGGGAGUACCUGGAGGCAUGGCUGGAUAGCAUGGGGAUCUCCCUGGCGUUUCAGCAGAGUUUCUCCCAGCUGACUCUGGUGGAGAAGAAGAGGAAGCCCCAGUCGCUUCGCCGCCUGCUCACGUCCGUGAAGCUUCCAGACAUCCUCGGUUGGCUCUCGUCCCCCCUGUGCACCACUGCCGACCGAGCCUUGUUUGUUCGUCUGCUAGCGGCUGUGCGGGCGGCGACAGUGGAGGAUGCGGGCGGCCCGCGUUGGAGCAAGUGUCUCGUGGUGGCGUUCCAGGGCAAGGCCAACACCACCCGCAAAGUGGCAGCAGCAAGCAAGGACUAUCUAGCAGAGGCAUCAGAGCACACUCUGGCAGAAGCGUCACAGGAGGACUCACCGUAUGGCUAUGGCGUCUAA